AUGGCGGCCAUUCCGCUUUCUCAGUUCGAGCUCCACAGCAGAUUGAUAUGCUGCUGUGAAGCGGCAGACUCAUUCUUCUCAGCUCUUUCUCCAAUCAGGGUACUGAUAUUCCACUGCAUAGUUUACCCUUUCAGACAGAAGCUCAGUCUCUUCAAGGCUACUACGACUAUCGGUGUGAUAUGGCUGCUGGCCAUUGUUAUUAUGUGCCCAUCAGUUGCCUUGCUCACUGUUGACCACAUGAAGGACCAUUACAUGGUAUACAAUGAAAACUAUAACCAUACAUAUCCUCUCUACACAUGCUAUGAGGCAUGGCCAGAUGGGGAAAUGCGGAAGGUGUACACCACAGUGCUUUUUGCACACAUUUAUGUCACACCUCUAAUGCUUAUACUUAUUAUGUAUGGCAAGAUAGGCCUCAAACUAUGGAGUUCAACUAUGCCAUUGCCUAGUGAAAAUGCAGGGACGAACCAAGACAGACGAGCUCCUAUCUCCAAGAAGAAAUCCAGGGCUAUCAAAAUGCUCAUCAUUGUUGCAUUGCUUUUCAUGCUGUCAUGGCUGCCCCUCUGGACUCUCAUGCUACUUGUGGAUUAUGCCAGUCUGGAUGAUGACAGCCUUAAUCUGCUCACUGGCUACCUGUUCCCCUUUGCUCAUUGGCUGGCAUUCUCUAAUAGUACUGUUAAUCCAAUCAUAUAUGGCUAUUUCAAUGAAAACUUCCGUCGAGGUUUCCAAGCAGCCUUCAGUUUCCGGUUGUGCUCCCUCAAGUUGGACCACAAAGAUACAUAUUCAACAAGAAUGUCAGGCCAUAAACACUUUGGAAUGAGAAACAAAGUGUCUUCAGAAGUGGAGUCCUCCAAUUCUGGAGUUUCCAGAAACACAAAGAACAACAGCUUCUUUUUCUCAGGCAACAGUCAGCAGAGACAUCAGGGACUUGGCUUAGAAGACAUUGGCAGAAUAAGUACAAACAGUGAAGUCAUGAGAGCAUGGGAGAAUCAAAGAAAUUGACCUCAUCCUCAAGGACUUCUACAUUUUGCUUCAAGCAAGGCUAAAAAAGAGUUGUCAUGGCAGAUGAUUCUUCUUUUUGUUCAGGAUAUAAUAUGAAUAACAAUCUCAAAAAACAAUGACCUGUAUGUACAUAUUGUACAAUUGAUUGCUAGACUCUCAGGUUUUCAUUCUUUCAUCUACCUUAUUCAAACAAGAAGACCCACUGUGCAAUGUAUAUUAGUUAUUACUUUCUUCAGUUGUUAUUAUCAUUAAGAAAGUGACAAAAAGACCGUUUGUUUGCAUUUAUUUCUUCUGAUUAUCAGCAAGCUGACAGCUAGAAAGGAUGGUGAGAUGGAAAAACUGUGUCCUUAACAACAGACAGGUGCAAGUAUGAAUGUACCUAAAUGCAUGACUUGUGAAGAAAAAAAAUGCAUGUAAUUUAUAAAUGUUACAGUGAAAUUAAUUGAGUCUUUCUUUUCAGUACAUACCUGCUUACGUUUCAGCCAUUUGUUUUCCUUGAGCACUUAUGUGAGGUAGGGGUACUGCACACAACAGAAUCAUAACCUCUCUGCACUGCCAUUUUCUCACACAGACCACCUGAAGCUGCUGGCUCCUACAACCUGUAGCCAUAGAGUUUCUACAAGUCAUGGUCCUGCUGUUCCCCAUGGUCGCUUGUCUAUUGUUCUUUACCAAAUACAUUUUCAUGGCAAAUAAGGGAGGAUAAGAAGGAAGCCUGAUCUAAUAAUUAACAUGGAAAAAGUAUAGUUUAGUCCUUUUUUCUAUGAACACUAUAAUUAGUUGCUAAACAAAAAGAAAAGCUUUCAUUUUCUGAAAUUCUCUACCCUUGCCACCCCUCACCCCCAAUCUACUAACAACUACUACUAUUUCCUAAAAUUACAGUCUCAAUGUCAUACAGCAGUAAGCUGGAAUCCAUGCUCUCUCAUGCCACAGUCAGUACUCCUGACAAAGAGGAGAUUGCAAGCACAAACACCACCCCACCCAUAUCACAAAGCCAAGCACAACACACACCCACCUAUGCAAACUUAUCUAAACAACAGAGACCCCAUCCGAA